ACCCAACUGAUUAACAACCGUUUAGGUCAGCAUGUCGCGCGGAAAACUAGACCGGUGGUUGCGGCUGUGUGGUCACAGAUUACGCUGAGCUGUCGAAAUGAGGACACGGCUCGAGUCUCUUGAAUAAAAAACGUUCACCUCAUUAGGAACACAAAGGGAAACUAAUCCCUGACCCGCGCGUUUGGCAGGAUUUGAGGCGUUGGUGAACGUACUGACAUUCAAAACAGUGAUUAUUAUGUUUGUUAUUUUCAUAGUACCGCACCUUGUGGAUCCAGUGGACAUGGCAGCACUCACUCAGGCGUCAAUUUCUCCUCCCGAAACGUCACUUCCACGGGAUAUCUGAAACUUUUCCAAUGCUGCAAUACCGUGGGAGUCUAUGAGGCUGUGUGGGAGGGAUCUCCCGUCCUAAAUCAACUAGGAGGAUAAACUUUUCGGGGGUUAGGAUUCUGGAGGCUACUAUAGCGGCGCUCAGUCUCAUUGGACAUUUGAAGGUAGCCUAUUUUUUGAAAAUGUUGUUUGUCUCUCGAGUCACAACAAGGAAGUAUUCACAAUAGCCUUGCCGAUUUGGUGGUUGGUUGGGUAACGAGACACUUUUUAGGCUAGUGAGUAGGUAAACGUUUUCACCUUUUUCGAUUGGAUAUAUUGCGAGCGAUUCCGCGUCAUGUAACAACGGAUGGACAUGCGCUUCCAAUGCGAACCGAUUGAAUAACUUUAACAUAUUCAAUUACUUUUUUCUUCGUUAUUAAUUUAGUCAUAAAAAGGAAUAGGACAGAACAUUUGGCCAUAUUGUUGCAGACAUUUGGCAUAGAAAACCACCCCAAAAUGUGACACAUCAAGAGGAAAAAGCGAUAAUCAAAACUGAAUUGGAUAAACAUGUUCGCGUCAACUAUCACCGUCAACCCACGGUGACUGAUCCCCCUUCCCCGGUAUUAUUCUAGCUCGUGCGUGUCCGGUGAACGAGGAGAUGAGCAAGGCGAGAUGGGACAGUGUCUCAGUUCAGAACAAGACCUAACGGAGGAGGGAAAGAAGGCGAAGCUUCAGAGCGCGAAGAUAGACAGGGACCUGUAUGAAUACGCCAAGAGGGAGAUGAACGUGGUCAAAAUUCUAAUGCUCGGAGCAGCAGAGAGUGGGAAGAGUACUCUGGUCAAACAGAUGAAGAUCAUCCACAGCCAUGGCUUUACCAAGCAAGAGCUGUCCAGCUUCAAGCCGGCGGUGCUGGACAAUCUUCUGACCUCUAUGAAGUUUGUCCUCCAUGGGAUGGGCAUUCUCCGGAUCAACCUGACUAACAACAAGAACAAGGUGCACGCCCACUCUGUGUUGUCCUGUGGGAGGUGUUUUGAUGAGGAUCAGGUGCUGUUUCCUUUCAUUGGCCACGCCCUUUCCUGUCUGUGGGCUGACCAGGGGGUCCGAGAGGCCGCAGCCAGGGGUUACGAGUUUGAACUCAACGACUCUGCCCUGUAUUUCUUUGAGAACAUGGGUCGUAUCAUCUCUCCGGACUACGUUCCCACGGAGACGGAUGUCCUGAGGGUCAGACUGAGGACCACCGGGGUCAUAGAGACGCAGUUCAAAGUCAAACACCUGCUCUUCAGGAUGUAUGAUGUGGGGGGUCAGAGGACAGAGAGGAGGAAGUGGAUUGGUUGUUUCGAGGACGUCCGGGCCGUGGUAUUUGUUGUUUCUCUCAGUGGAUACGACAUGACUCUAGUAGAGGACCCAUGUAUGAACCGCCUACAGGAGAGUCUGAAACUCUUCUCUUCCAUCUGCAACAACAUCUUCUUCAAGAGUACCUCAAUGAUCUUAUUUAUGAACAAGAUCGAUCUUUUUCAAGAGAAGAUUUUACAUUCGGGGCGGCAUCUGCGGCUGUAUGUGCCUCAGUUCAAAGGUGCAGACUGUGACGUGGACGCUGCGGCCCGAUACAUUGCCGGAAUGUUUGUGUCUCUCAACGCCACGCCCAGCAAACUCAUCUACCACCACUUCACCACGGCAACGGACACCUCCAACGUACAGAUUGUCUUCCAGGUCGUCAUGGACACCAUCAUCAAAGAGAACCUAGAGGCCGUCUCUCUGCUAUGAUUGGUUCUAAGAGUUCCUAUGAGUUCUAACAGUUCCGAUGGCGCUGGUUGGCUUCUGGACUCUGGGGUGAAGUUUCCCUCGGUACAGAGCUAGACUCAGCUUCCCCUCACCAAAUCAUAACCUUAAAGGGUCAAUCAGCCGUUGCUACGUCCAUUUUUGGACUUAGCAACUGGCCCAUUGAUUCUUGAAGAAUGGAACUUAUAAAUGGCUCGUGAGCUUAAUUCAAAAUAUAAGCUUGAUUUACUCCAUUUGUAAACAACGUAAAUGUGAACAAAUAGCCUCAACAUGGUUAAAACUAUAAUGUUGAUAUCAUGGAUUGACAGUCUUUGCAUCCAUAGCUCUAGCUAUGCAUUUGAGAGAGGUUACAAUUCUCCAGCCCCGUCCCUCAGCUGUUUACCAAAACGGGGAGGAUGCUUUGUUAUUGUUUCAACUGCUGAGUUCCACUUUAACCGUUAGUGGGGAUAAUGGAAAACCGACCCAAGAUCAGUGACUAGGGGCUCCGUCACCCUACUCCGUUUUCUGGUUCCGGAAGAAAAGCGUGUUUAAAUCGACUUCAUAAUGAAAGACCCUCGGUUCACUUCCUCUGGAAUUGUUUACAUGACUUCCCGGAACAAGGAGGAGGUCUAUUGGAGAACAUUUCACUUCCCAGAACGAGGAGGAGGUCUAUUGGAGAACAUUUCUCUUCCCGGAACGGGGAGGAGGUCUAUUGGAGAACAUUUCUCUUCCCGGAACGAGGAGGAGGUCUAUUGGAGAACAUUUCACUUCCUAGAACGAGGAGGAGGUCUAUUGGAGAACAUUUCUCUUCCCGGAACGAGGAGGAGGUCUAUUGGAGAACAUUUCUCUUCCCGGAACCAGGAGGAGGUCUAUUGGAGAACAUUUCACUUCCCGGAACGAGGAGGAGGUCUAUUGGAGAACAUUUCUCUUCCCGGAACGAGGAGGAGGUCUAUUGGAGAACAUUUCUCUUCCCGGAACGAGGAGGAGGUCUAUUGGAGAACAUUUCUCUUCCCGGAACGAGGAGGAGGUCUAUUGGAGAACAUUUCUCUUCCCGGAACGAGGAGGUCUAUUGGAGAACAUUUCUCUUCCCGGAACGAGGAGGAGGUCUAUUGGAGAACAUUUCACUUCCCGGAACGAGGAGGAGGUCUAUUGGAGAACAUUUAUCUUCCCGGAACGGGGAGGAGGUCUAUUGGAGAACAUUUCUCUUCCCGGAACGAGGAGGUCUAUUGGAGAACAUUUCACUUCCCUCUCCUUGUUUUUGGGAACAGUCAUGGACUAUGGUACAUAUUUAUUUGUGUUAUUGUUGUUGUUAAGCAACCCUAAUCAGAAUAUGAAUAAUACAACAUCAACAUUUUAAUUCUUAACAUACUUGUUAUAUUUCUUAUUCAUACCAGAGCUCAUUGGAGGGACCCUGUAGAUGGUAAUGAUAGGCUUCCUCUCAGCUUUGGUUGCUCGGUUGCUCCGGCUAAAUGCUCACUCAGCUUAGUGCAUGUCUUAGUGUGUGUGUGUGGGCAGGCAGGCGGAUUUACCGUUUGUCCAUUAGAUGCGCGGGCAGUGUGGUACUGGUGUGGAGGUGUGGAGUUAUGGGUCACUCAUCCAUACUGACUGUGUGUGUGUUAAGGGGUUCACUCAUCCAUACUGACUGUGUGUGUGUUAAGGGGUUCACUCAUCCAUACUGAUUACGGGCAUUUACCUGCCAUCCAUCAAUGCCUAUCACUCCUUAAUGGGACAGAGAUCACAGAAAACAACUGGCUUUAUUUAACUGCAGUAAAUCUCAUCACUCUUGUGUCCUGUUCUCCUUUCCUCCCUCUCUCGCUCUCUCCCUCUCUCAAACACCUCUUUCUUUCUCUCUCUCUCUCCCUCUCUCAAACACCACUUCCUCUCGCUCUCUCCCUCUCAAAUACCUCUUCCUCUCUCGCU